CUCAUGGUGCCCAGGCGGCCUGGCUAUGGCACCAUGGGCAAGCCCAUUAAACUGCUGGCCAACUGCUUCCAAGUUGAAAUCCCAAAGAUUGAUGUCUACCUCUAUGAGGUGGAUAUCAAACCAGAUAAGUGUCCUCGGAGGGUGAACAGGGAGGUGGUGGACUCGAUGGUGCAGCAUUUUAAAGUGACAAUAUUUGGGGACCGUAGACCGGUUUAUGAUGGCAAAAGGAGCCUCUAUACGGCCAAUCCGCUUCCUGUGGCCACUACUGGGGUGGAUUUGGAUGUGACAUUACCCGGGGAAGGCGGAAAAGAUCGGCCCUUCAAAGUCUCAAUAAAGUUUGUCUCUCGGGUGAGCUGGCACUUGCUGCAUGAAGUUUUGACAGGAAGAACCUUGCCUGAGCCUCUGGAGCUCGACAAACCCAUCAGCACUAACCCUGUUCAUGCUGUCGAUGUGGUGCUACGACACCUCCCCUCCAUGAAGUACACCCCCGUGGGCCGCUCCUUUUUCUCAGCUCCCGAAGGCUACGACCACCCCUUGGGCGGCGGCAGGGAGGUCUGGUUUGGGUUCCAUCAGUCUGUGCGGCCUGCCAUGUGGAAGAUGAUGCUCAAUAUUGAUGUUUCUGCCACUGCCUUCUACAAAGCACAACCUGUAAUUCAGUUUAUGUGUGAAGUUCUUGACAUUCAUAAUAUUGAUGAACAACCAAGACCUCUGACUGAUUCUCAUCGGGUAAAAUUCACCAAAGAGAUAAAGGGUCUAAAGGUAGAGGUGACUCACUGUGGAACGAUGAGGAGGAAAUACCGUGUUUGCAACGUCACAAGAAGGCCUGCAAGUCAUCAAACCUUUCCUUUGCAGUUGGAAAAUGGCCAGACUGUGGAGAGAACAGUAGCACAGUAUUUCAGGGAGAAGUACAACCUCCAGCUGAAAUACCCUCACCUUCCUUGCCUACAAGUGGGACAAGAACAGAAACACACCUACCUGCCUUUAGAAGUCUGUAACAUCGUAGCUGGCCAGCGGUGCAUCAAGAAGCUCACGGACAAUCAGACGUCGACGAUGAUAAAGGCCACGGCGAGAUCGGCUCCAGAUCGGCAAGAGGAAAUCAGCAGAUUGGUGAGAAGUGCAAAUUACGAUGCAGACCCGUUUGUUCAAGAGUUCCAGUUCAAAGUGCGGGACGAGAUGGCCCACGUGACGGGACGCGUGCUCCCGGCUCCCAUGCUGCAGUACGGAGGACGGAACAGAACAGUGGCAACCCCAAGCCACGGAGUAUGGGACAUGCGAGGGAAGCAGUUUCACACUGGUGUUGAGAUCAAGAUGUGGGCUAUCGCUUGCUUUGCCACGCAGAGACAAUGCAGAGAAGAAAUACUGAAGGGUUUCACGGACCAGCUGCGCAAGAUCUCCAAGGACGCGGGGAUGCCCAUCCAGGGCCAGCCCUGUUUCUGCAAAUACGCCCAGGGCGCAGACAGCGUGGAGCCCAUGUUUCGCCACCUCAAGAACACCUAUUCAGGGCUUCAGCUCAUCAUCGUCAUCCUGCCGGGGAAAACGCCGGUGUACGCGGAGGUGAAGCGUGUGGGAGAUACGCUGUUGGGAAUGGCCACUCAGUGUGUUCAAGUCAAGAACGUCAUUAAAACAUCUCCACAGACCUUAUCAAAUCUGUGCCUGAAGAUUAACGUUAAACUCGGAGGAAUCAACAACAUCCUUGUACCUCAUCAAAGACCUUCUGUGUUCCAGCAGCCAGUGAUCUUUUUGGGAGCCGAUGUCACGCACCCUCCUGCUGGAGAUGGAAAGAAGCCUUCCAUAGCUGCUGUUGUAGGUAGUAUGGAUGCUCACCCAAGCCGCUACUGUGCCACGGUGCGAGUCCAGCGGCCCCGGCAGGAGAUCAUCCAGGAUCUGGCCUCCAUGGUGAGGGAGCUGCUCAUCCAGUUCUACAAGUCGACGCGGUUCAAGCCCACGCGUAUCAUCUUCUACAGGGAUGGGGUCUCCGAGGGGCAGUUCCGACAGGUUUUGUAUUAUGAACUGCUAGCGAUUCGAGAAGCCUGCAUCAGUUUGGAGAAAGAUUACCAGCCCGGGAUAACCUACAUCGUGGUGCAGAAGAGACAUCAUACACGGCUGUUCUGUGCUGACAGAACUGAAAGGGGUACCAGCCGUCCCUCGCACUACCACGUUCUGUGGGAUGACAACUGCUUUACUGCAGACGAACUUCAGCUGCUGACUUACCAGCUCUGCCACACGUAUGUGCGCUGUACACGGUCGGUUUCUAUACCUGCACCAGCGUAUUAUGCUCACCUGGUAGCAUUCAGAGCACGGUACCAUCUCGUGGACAAAGAACAUGACAGUGCUGAAGGAAGCCAUGUUUCAGGACAGAGCAACGGGAGAGACCCGCAGGCCCUCGCGAAGGCUGUACAAAUUCACCAAGACACCUUACGCACGAUGUACUUCGCUUAAGUCAACGCAACGGGAGCGUACUCACCGAGAGGAAGAACUGCGAAAUUAAGCCACAUACAAUGUAUGUUUCCAGUGGGGUUGGUUUAUGGGGUGCGCCUCCGAUCGCGCUGGAGUUGCCGCUGUGCAGGGGCGAGAGGCUGACCCUUAAAUUGACACCAGGAGGAUUGUUUACUUCAUCGAGGAACACAGCACUAUUAUGCAAUAUGAAACCAGCCAACUGCUUUUUUGGCGCGGGCUCCGGUCGGAAGCGCCGCCAUCAUCUGUUGUUUUUGUUUUAUUUUAUUUUAAUUUCUCGUAGUUUAACCCUCUUAUGCCUUUACCUCAAGUUGCUCGGCAGCACAACUCUCUUUGCAAAAAAAAAAAAAAUAUAUAAUAAUACAAUAAAAUAAAAAAAUCAACGGUGUAAUUU